AUGUCUGAGCAAUGUUUAUUCACAUCAAUGGGGAUGUUCAUUAUUGAUGAAAUCCAUUUCCCGGAAAACUCAGGUAAAGAAUCACAUUAUAACGUCAUUGGAGGUGGUGGAACAUAUGGUGCUUUAGGUUCAAGAAUAAUAUCAGGAUUUAAAAAUUCCCAAAAGAUUGGAUGGAUUAUUGAUAAAGGUAAUGAUUUCCCUUCAGAAGUGGAAUCAUAUUUGAAAAGCUGGGAAACUGGUGCUAUUUGGAGAGGAACCCCAGAAAGAUUAACAACAAGAGGUUGGAAUAUGUAUGGAGAUCGUGAAUUUAGAGAUUUUAAAUAUCUUUCUGAAAAGAAAAGAAUCACUGUUGAUGAUUUAUUAAAAUAUGAACAAUUAUUAAACUCUGAAUCAUUUCAUUUAAUUUGUUCACCUCAAAGAUCUUUGGAAAUAUUAUCAUCUUUAAACAAAGCAAGAUUAUCAAAUGUUUCAAAUCCAAUAAUAAUAUGGGAACCUGUACCUGAUUUAUGUUUACCAGAAAAUUUACAAGAUUGUCUUUCUGUUUUAAAGAAUCUAGAUGUAUUAACACCAAAUGCAGAGGAAGCUGCAAGAUUUUUCGGUAAACCAGAACCAACAACAAAAGAAGAACAUGAAUCAAUUGCCCAACAGUUCUUACCAUAUUUAACUCAUGAUUCACAAUUUCAAACUGGAAGUGGGAUUGUAUUAAGAGCAGGCGCAGAAGGUUGUUAUGUACUUACAAAUAAAGGGGUUUCCAAAUGGUUCCCAGCUUAUCAUAAUAAUGCAAAUCCUAAUAGAUCUGUGAUAGACCCAACUGGAGGUGGUAAUACAUUUAUUGGUGGGUUUACAACAGGAUUUGUAAUGAGUAAAGGAAAUUGGGAGAUUGCUGCAAUUUGUGGGAAUAUAAGUGCUGGUAUUGCAAUUGAACAAAUUGGAAUGCCAAAGUUUGACAAUAUUGCAGGAAAAGGUGAUUUUUGGAAUGGAAAGAGUAUAAAUGAUAGAAUUAGUGAUUAUGUUAAAUGGAAUGGAAUAGAUGUUGAUGUCGGUAAAGUCUUAGAAAUAUUGAUAUGA